GAGAAGAGUUGGGAACAGUGUUUCACCAUAAAAGGGUAUACCUUUUCCACACUUCCACACGCUCUCUCUCUUUCUCUCAUUGGUGGCUUUCAUCUCAAAGCUGGAACCAUCAAACAAGCCAAACCAAACAACACCAAAACCAACAUUCCUGAUAUCAACGCCUUCCCCCGAAUAAGGAAAGUAAAAUCCACAAGUACAUCCAGCGACAAAUUCCUUACUCAGCUAAACUCUCAACCUCAACAACAACACCCAACCACACACCAUCCAUCACCAACACCACUCCACAAAAAUAAACAAAACUAAAAUCCACCCUUGCAGAUACCUUCUUCCACGAUCUGCUACCAAGCUUUGAUUUCACAAAAGCUAAAUUUAGUUAACACCUGCAUAUUAACUUCUCUCCUGUGCAUCAUCACAUGUCCCUCUCACACUAAACAAAACCACACUCUUUUGCUUUUGCUUUUCAAAAGACACUCCAUAAAUAGUCAACGAUUCAGCCCUCCUUGCUUUUUUAGAGGAUAGAUUAAGGUGAAGGGUAUAUAUGGCGAGGGAGAAGAUUCAGAUUAGGAAGAUCGACAACGCCACCGCCAGGCAGGUUACGUUCUCCAAGCGUCGCAGAGGGCUCUUCAAGAAAGCCGAGGAGCUUUCCGUUCUCUGUGAUGCUGAUGUUGCCCUCAUAAUCUUCUCUUCUACUGGGAAACUCUUUGAGUACUCAAGCUCCAGCAUGAAGGAGAUACUUGAGAAGCAUCAUUUGCACUCAAAGAACCUAGCAAAGAUGGAACAGCCAUCUCUCGAGUUGCAGCUGGUUGAAAACAGCAACUGCAGCAGAUUGAGCAAGGAAGUUGCCGAGAAGAGCCAUCAACUAAGGCAGCUAAGAGGAGAGGAUCUUCAGGGUCUAAACAUAGAUGAAUUGCAACAGCUGGAGAGGUCUCUAGAAACUGGACUGGGGCGUGUGAUAGAAAAGAAGGGAGAGAAAAUUAUGGAAGAGAUAGCUGAUCUCCAAAGAAAGGGAAUGGUAUUGAUGGAAGAGAACGAGCGACUAAAACAUCACGUGGCGGGCAUGGUUAAUGGUCAAAGACGUGGUGGUGCCGGAUCUGAGAACUUUGUUAUGGAUGAAGGUCAGUCUUCAGAGUCUGUCACCUACGUUUGCAAUUCUGCAGGACCUCCGCAGGACUAUGAAAGCUCAGAUACGUCCCUCAAACUGGGGCUGCCAUACUCAGGUUGAUGGGAAACUGUUUGAAGAGGUAAAACUGAAGCAAAAAUGACAAUAUCAUGGUCUGAAUUUUCGUUAGUUAUUGUGACUCUAUUGCCGUGGUCGUAUAUAUUAGUGGUUAAUUGUAAUGACCAAUGGGCACUUAGAUGAUGUUGAAAGUAACUCCUAGUGAAGUUUUUAAUUGCCUUUUUUUAAUUACUACCAUAAUCCUUGCUUCUCUGCCUCUUA